AUGCACCGAGGCUUGUUGGGGUUCUUGACUGUUGCUGCUGAGCUUUGUUUAGACGAUGGAGUGCCUGAAGAAGCUCGACACUACAUCCUGGACAAUGAGCCUUGCCUGUGUGGAGACGGGAAGCAGAUCCCCAUUGGACUCUUGCGCUGCAACUGGGCCUCUUCGGAGAUCAUGACGGAGAUCGUACAAGUGCUCAUUCGAGAGCGCUUAGGCUUUCACGCAGAGCUCCAUCCGGUGAAUGGGAAGUUUGGUGCCUCGCCCUUCUUCGCACUGGCUGGCUGCGAUGACUUUGAUGAUACCACCAAGAGGCGCUGUGGACACCAGGAGACCAUGGUGCACGUGGCCAUGGACGCCUGGAUUUCAGGCUACGGGCACCAGUGGCGGCAAUUCCAAGAGGAAUUUCCUGUCAUCGCUCCAAAAGAUAUGGGCACCAUGGGCUACGAAGGAGAAGAGACAAUGUAUGUGUCUAAGGAAGUCUUAGCGUCAGCCUUCGGGGACGCGGGACUUGCCUUGGACUUCUACAAGAGCUACAAUACGACUCGGGAUGACCCGAAGAAGUAUUUUGACCACGUCCAGAAUAUCUCUCUUGACGAGCUGUUGCUUUGCAACGAGAGCAACUUCUUCGUCGACAGCUACAUGAGAAACUACAUCAAGUUUUCCGGAGAUGUGGACGGGGUGCUCGAGCAGAAUGGUUCCUUCGUGGCGAAGUGCGUUCAUGGACGUUGGUGGAUGGCUCCAACAUGCCGCGCCAGCUUUCCAGAGUGCAUUCCGCUCUUCACUGCCGGAAAUGGCUGGAGCCUUCAGUCCCUGAUGCAGUGGGCCACUGCCUAUUCCAUUCCGGCUGCGCUUGCCAUCUCCAGCAGCUACUCCAACUGGAUCACCCAUGUCGAAACGCAUCGCAGCCUGUGGUAUUGGUGGAUCCCGGAUUCCACUUUCAUCGAAAUGGAGCCGGAACAAGUGAUUCUCCCGCGCCACAGUCCCUCUGGCUGGGCGCGAGGGGACAAAAGCACAGGUGCCACGGGCAGUUACAUUGGAAAGAUGGUCAGCGCCAAUUUGUACUCGAAGGCCAGCAGAGUGGAGGAGUUUGUGUCGAGUGUGCUGAUGGAGUUGGGGGAGAUCAUGGAUCUUCUCUUGAAGGCCAAGCGGAGCUCAAUGAAAGAAGCCGCUUGUGAUUGGAUCCGCCUGAACCGAGACAAGUGGGAGGAGUGGGUGACCAUUGAGACCAGCUGCACGGCGGGCUUUGGUCUGGUCGAUGUGGAAGGCCAGUUCCUGGCCAAUCGCUCGGGCGCCAGCACCUGCGAACGCUGUGCCGCCGGAUUCUUCUCGCAAGAGUACGUGGAUGACAAGGGGAAGACGCAUCGCUGCGUGCCCUGCGCGCCGGGCACCAGCCAAUCACAGUCUUUGUCUACCACGUGUGAACCUUGCGCACGCGGGACCUUCAGCAACGUGCCAGCCAGCAAGGAGUGCCGAGUUUGCGGAGUUGGAUUUUAUCAAAGCUUCCAAGGACAGAUGGAGUGCUCAGCCUGUGCUCCCGAUCGAACCACGCAGCUCUUGGGCGCGACUGAGCCUCAGGAUUGCGUGUGCAAGGCCAAUGCGAUUGAGACGACUCACGGUCAUUGCGUCGCCUGUAGUGUGGGCCUUUGGUGCCCCCUGGGCAGCACCGUGACGUUGCUCCAAAGUGCCAAUGGCACCGAUCCAAGUGGGCCUCAUGUGGAAGCAGGCUAUAAGGCGGACGCUGAGAACCCGCUGGAGGUCUACAAGUGCACGGACCUCGCUUGUCCAGGUGGAGCGCCGGGCACGUGCAAUGGCGGCCUCGAGGGACUGGCCUGUGGCAACUGUGCUUCAGGAUUCUAUUUUUGGUCCGAGACGUGCCAACGCUGUGGCCUGGGCGCUCCGGUGGCCUGGACCAUCGUCUCCAUCCUCUUGGCCAUCGGUAUUUUCAUCUCCUACUACCCCUUGUCCUUCCCCUAUGUCGCGAAAGCCAGCGCCUUCUUUUCGGCCACCGCAUCCUUUGGCAUUCUGUUCGGCUUGCUGCAGAACUUGGGGGUCUUGAGCACCGCCUUGACCUGGGAAAACGGCAGCAAUCCGCUGCUGCGCUUUGCCUCGAUCUUCGUCUUUGACCUGAAUGGCUUUGGUUUCAGCUGUGCGGCGGAAGGCAAUGCCAAGCCGUACAGCAUCAUCGCGUCCUUUUUCUGGCUGGUGGUCCUCUUGCUUCCCAUUUGUGCCAUUUUGACCAACUACCUCCCCUGUUUGUCUCGCCGGGGCCUGGCCUGGGAAGCUAUGAAGACGGUGAAUGUCAUUGGGCACUUUCUCCAGGUGGCCACCACAACCAUGAGCAGCGUGGCCUUGCUGCCCUUCAUGUGCUACCAACAUCCCUCUGGGAAGGAGAGUGUUUUGAAGUUUCCCAAUGUUUUGUGCGGCAGCCCUGAGCACAUCACCAUGCAAUCUGUGGGGAUAUCUCUCAUGGUGCUGGGUGUGGCCUUCCUGGCGGCGGCUUGCUUUGCUGCUCGGAUGGCGCCCAAGUGGUCCGGAACCCGGAAGCUCCGAGCCAUUGUCUUCCUGAUCCAACGCUUCCGGCCAAGCACCUGGUGGUUUGGCCUGGUGCUUUUGGCCCGAGGGAUGCUCUUGUCCUUACCAGUGGUCUUUGCGACGAAUAUGCCCGGCCUUCAUUUGAUGCUCAUGCUUGGAAUUCAGCAGGCCUAUUCCUACAUGCAGCUUUGGUUCCAUCCAUGGAAAUCGCCCAUCCUCAAUCUUGGCGAUGCAGUCUCCACUGGAUUGCUGGUGAGCCUUCUAGCCACGUCGUUGGCCUGUCUCGACACUUGUCCAGACAUCCUACAGACCCUGCGUGCCGUGGUCUCCUUGAUGCUGAUCACAAGCUUGGUUCUGUUGGUCUUAAUCACCACCUUGAACUUCUUUUACGUUUCAGUGACCCGCAAGCAAUUGUCGCUCUUGGAUUUGGGCAAGACAGGUGAUGCGGACUCUGUGCUUGAAGGACUUCGACAAAUCGCAGACUUCUUAUCCAGGGACCGGGAAGAGAGUACUUCUCUCAGCAAGGGCUUGGCGAAGUUAUGCGCUUAUGACUUGAACUGUGUCAUGGAAGCCAUCGAUGUCUUGCUCGAUGAUUGGGAGAUUGUCCCCUCGGAGGAGCGGCGGUCCACGUCCGCGUCCACUUCCCGUAGCCGCAGUCGGAUCUCCUUGGCGCCGAACCGCGACUCCCUCAACUCGCGGGGCAAAGGAAGCAAGAGGCAGCGCGUGUCGAUGCUGGCCUUGGAAGAGGCCAUGGUGGCGCCCGUCGAAGCCGAUGGCGCCGGACACAUCAACGGCGGGAGCUUGGACAACUCGGGCAACUCGAAGAAGACCGAGUCGUUUGGUGAGGUGAUCUAUGAGAAGGAAAAGCUGGACGAUCUUCCAGAGUGGGCAGAAGCGCACGAAGAACGCCAUUUGGAGUCAAAGACUCCCAGAUGCUCUUUGUAA